AUGAAAAGAAUGCCAAACCUUGAGUCACUCCCAUUUGCGUUACCAUCCACAGCUUCGAUUGCUGGUCUCGAAUACCCUGCCUCUACUUUGAGACACAGGUCAAACUUGCGUAUCCUGAGCAUCGAUGGCCAUUUCAGCGGUAAUCAAUGUCCACGUGCAUGGAGGGCUGUAGCACGCUUAUCCAAUCUACGUGAACUUUUCAUGCAACUUCGUGGUGCUACGUUGGAUCAGGAAUUUGUUGCCUUCAUUGAAGCACUCGCUCAUGGAUGUCCCGAAUUGAGAGAAUUGAGUUUGGAGUCACCAACCGAAUUUCCAAUUGAGAUCAUAUCCAAUUUUCCUUUGUAUCCCAACCUCCAAAACGUCACUCUCGGUAACCCAAAUUUCUGGGAUGACAGCUUGCUCGAUAUUUUCAAAUGCCCAUCUUUGGAAGCUCUUCGAAUUGCCAAAUAA